ACGCGUAUAAAUUCGAGCGGUCGCAGAAACCCGCAAGAGUUCGACGUAUUUGAUGAUAGCAGCGAAAGAGGUGAGAUGGGAGCGUGAAUCAUUGGAUGGUCGGCAAAUUUAAUGAUUUUGUGACAUGCUGCUAACCGCGAGCGAAGAUGACAGGAGAAACAGCGUUCUGGUGCCUGUCUUGGUCAGCGCGUUCGCUAUACCGGUAUCCAUGCUCUUUUGGAUAGUGAACGUUACUUAUUCUUUACUGGCCCCAGAUUCCGAGUACCAGGCUGAUGGGUAUCCUGUGAUAUCGCCAUGGAGGUGGCUAGCUGCAGUGAUUAUUCCUAUAUUUAUGGCUGGAUGGGCACUAAAGAAGAAGACCCUCGAUUUAUCCGGUGCACUCCUUGGAUCUUUUAUGGGUUUCGUUCUGACGUUGUCGAGUUUCGCUCAUCUGGGAUGUUUAAUAGCAUUCUUCGUGACCUCCUCGAAGGCAACAAAGUUCCGAGCGCAUAGAAAGAAGAAAGUCACUGAAGAUUUUAAAAUAAAUUCACGCAGGAAUUGGAUUCAAGUAUUGUGUAAUGGUGGUAUGGCUACGCAACUUGCAUUGUUAUAUUUAUUGGACAUAGGCUAUGGAGAAAGACCCAUUGAUUUCGACAAGGACUAUAGAAAUUCUUGGUUGUCUAUAGGGAUUUUAGGAGCUACCGCCUGUUGUAACGGCGAUACUUGGGCUUCGGAAUUAGGGACAGUGGUUGGCUCUUCGGAUCCUUUUCUCAUCACGAGUAGAAAAAGAGUGCCAAGAGGAACCAAUGGGGCAGUUUCAUGGUUUGGCAUACUGGUUUCUCUGUUGGGUGGAUUGGUCUUAGGAUUGACUUAUUACAUUAUUAUUUUAUAUACCGUCGAUCCAGCAGUGCUGCAGUCCGCAGCGCCACAAUGGCCCAUUAUAUUUGCUGGAGGAGUCGGAGGCCUGCUAGGUAGCCUCUGCGAUUCGUUUCUAGGUGCCACUUUACAGUAUUCCGGAGUCGAUGAACAGGGAAUGGUAGUUGAACGUCCUGGGAAAGGUGUGAGGCACAUUAGUGGGAGACAAAUUCUUGACAACCACAGCGUCAAUCUGUUGUCAAGCAUCUUUACCUCCCUAACUUUACCCAGACUGGCCAAUAUUUUCUGGCCGCAGUGAUUCAAAGUGUUCUUUGGUGGUGCGGAGUCACUCUGGACAUCUUUUUGGUCCAACAUUGUGAACGAAGUCAUGGUGCAUCUUCACCACGUUUAUAUUUACCUUAGAAAUAGAGCAAAUCAAAAGUUUGUAUCGAGGGAAAAGACUUUCCUGCAUAGAGCAAGUGCAAACCUCGCAUAUCUCUCGCGGAGAUGGAAGCUAAUUUACAUUUCGAUUAAUUAUAGAACUCUUUAACUACAGGAUCGGAAGACUGCAUCUUGAAAAGUCAGAAAGUUUCGUUCCGCCCAAAUGUUUGACGGACUUUAAGCGUAAAAGGAUAAGCUAGCGCGCGUUCGUUGCAGUCAAGCGAGGCGUGUAUAUGUAUUCGUUGUACGGUUUUGUAUAAUAACAGACAAUUUUU